UUAGUAGUACAUUCGUGACAAAUCUUCAUGGCUAUCGACAUAUAUUCGAGGGUUAGAAUUUAAACGUGAGCUUAGGUGGGUCUUUCUCUUGUUAACUUCCUCAAUCGUUGAUACAGUCUAAUACGCAAUUAUGGAGGACAAAGGCUUUUUUAUCAAAAUAGUGAACAAUGAAAAGGGUAAAGGGAUAUUCUCCAAACGUGGAUAUAAGGAAGGAGAUAUCAUAUUAGAAGAGAAGCCUGUAGUCUCUUGUCAGUUUUCAUGGAACUCUGACUACGGAUAUUUAGCCUGUGAUCAUUGUAUGAGACCAUUGGAAACUGCUGAAGAAAAUGCUCAGCGGCUAACAGGAAAUCCAAACAUUGCUUUACCUAAUAGCGAAUGCUGUGAAACGAAUAAGAAUCUGAUGACUGAGUGUCCCUCAUGUGGGACCAAGUAUUGUAGCAGAGAAUGUCAAGAUGAAGCAUUCCAGAGAUAUCAUAGUACAUUGUGCCUGCAAUCAAGAGUUAAAGAUGAGAGUCAUCCUUUAACCCAAUUAAAUGAAACAUGGAAACAAAUACAUUAUCCACCGGAAACUGCAACAAUUAUGUUGCUAGCAAGAAUAGUUGCUAUGGUUAAUCAAGCAAACGAUAAGCAGGAUAUCUGCUCAAUGUUUUCACAAUUUUGCCAUCGUACUGUGAACGAUAUGCAUCCGAUUGAACAUAAUUUCUCAAGAGGGAAAUUUGUAGAACACAUUGACAUUCUCCGGGAAAUGAUGAAGAAAGCUCUCAACAUUGAGUAUACUGCACAUUGGUUUACACCAGAUGGAUUUAAGAGUUUAUUAGCCUUGGUAGGAAUGAACUCACAAGGAAUCGGUACAAGUCCAUUCAGUCGUUGGGUAAAAAAUGUUUCAGCUCUAGAUAUGCAUAAAGAUCAAAGAAUUUUUAUUGAUAAAUUGAUAGAUCGAAUUUACGAUGAAAUGGAAGAAGUGGUAGGUUCAUUUUUAGAUAAUGAAGGAUCUGGUCUCUAUAUUCUGCAAUCAGCAGUGAACCACAGUUGUAUGCCGAAUGCAAGUGUUGAGUUUCCUUAUUCGAAUAACACAUUAGUGUUGAGGGCGAUACGGGACAUACAACCUGAAGAGGAAAUCUGUACGAGUUAUCUCGAGGAGUGCGAGCUUGAGAGAAGUAGAUAUUCCAGGCAGAAGGCAUUAAGUUCUCUGUAUCUGUUCGUUUGUCAUUGCGACAAAUGUCAGUCGCAAGCCAAUGAUCCUGACAUGACUUCAGAUGAAGAAGAAGUGGAAGACGAAUGUAGUUGAAGGCAUACGAGAAAUAUUGAGAUAUAAUAAUCUGUAAUACGCAAAUUUACGGAUAUAUUGAAUAAUAAGAUUUAACUUACCAUGAACACGUAACGAUUAUCUAACAUCCUCUCUUUGUUACAAUUCAUCUGAGUAUUAUGCACACUGAGCAUUUAUUGUAAAGAUCAACAAUGUGUGUAGUGUAGAUAUAAUAACAUCCAUAUAUAUAUAUAGUAUAC